AUGUCAUCCCCGACACCACCUUCCAUCGGCGUCAUCCUCUGUUCCUCACGACAGCCACGCGUCUGUCCCCAGAUCGCAGCCUUCGUGACCGAAACCAUCGAAACCCGCACUUCCCCCUCCCCCCCGGACCCGCACGCGGCGCCACCACCACCACCGCCGCCGCCAGCCCAUCUCCACACCAUCGACCUCGCCGCAUGGAACCUCCCCCUCUUCGACGAGCCCAACAUCCCCUCCCAGAUCACCGCGCCGUCAGGGUACAGCCGACCGCACACCCGCGCCUGGAGCCAGGAGGUCCGGAAGCACGCCGCGUUCGUCUUCGUCCUGCCGCAGUACAACUGGGGAUACCCGGCCGUGGUCAAGAACGCCAUCGACUACCUCUUCCACGAGUGGCGCGGGAAGCCCGCGAUGAUCGUGUCGUACGGCGGCCACGGGGGCGGCAAGGCCGCGGGCCAGCUGCGGCAGGUGCUCCAGGGCGUGCGGAUGCAUGUCGCGGAGACGAUGCCUGCGCUUGCGUUCCCGUCCGAGCGGUUUGUGCUUCGGGCGAGCAAGGGGGAGGAGUUGCCGCUGCGCGGAGACGAGGGGAUCUGGCGGUCUGAACGGGCGGUGGUUCGUGAGGCGUUUGAGGAGUUGAUGGCCCUUGUGUCUCGACGGUAG